CUUAUCAAUUUGUACGUUAGGUGAACACUAUUUAUUUGAGUAAUGUUUGUGACCAGUAAAAAUGUAAUUCUACGAACAAGAAUCUGGAGUUGUGUCCGCAGUUCAUCGUUGGUUGCAUCGGCUCGGGUCGAAACGGUGAAGAGCCAGUGCAAAACAUCCGGUAAAAGAGUGCUGUGUUCUUCUUCGAUUGCUGCUGAACCUGGCCACAGCCGAAACUGCAUUUCUCGCUUGUCAUCAUCGCAAGCACCAUCAGCGACAGUGUUGUCUCCGUGGCGUUCGUGGAGGUUUCUGCGUGAAAAACACAUAUUUUCGACACUAGCGCGCACUUUACCCGCUACCUCGUGGCCCUCAGACCAUCACCUCGUGGCAUUCCACUUACAACAAACACCGGCCGUGUCCCAGAAACUGCAGCAUCGAUCGUAUUAUCAACGUCGUCAUAAUCACAGCUUUAUUCACACCGGUCUGCCGUCUAUUGGAGUGGCUGCAAACAGUUUGAAGAAUUCGUUUAAAUGUGGUUGCGUUUAUCGGAAUAACAGUGUUCUACAUCCAAGUCUGAUAAGACAUUCUAGCACCGUAACAAAUCCUGGUGGUAGUGUGAGUGAUCAUCCAAGUGAAGAAAAAAGUGCAGAUUGUAAAAGUGCUAGUGACGGGAAAGAAGCAUCUGUCAGCCUCAGUAAAUCCGAUACCAUGUCGUCUAAAGCGGCCUUUCAACGAUUGCCCACCAAUGUGGUUCCGGAGCAUUAUGACUUGACGCUGAAACCGAAUCUAAAAUCGUUCACAUUCGAAGGCAGCACUUCGGUAAAAAUCCAGAUCAAAUCACCAACGGAUCGCAUCACACUAAACGCAUUGGACCUAGUGAUUCCAAAAGUGACCGUCACCUACGGAUCCGACAGUACGGUACUAACAGCCACGGACACACAGUUCUGCGCUGAUCAGGAAACGGCAUGUUUCGUUUUCCCUUCGGAGAUCCCCGUCGGUUCGGCACAGCUGGACCUCGAAUUCACCGGCGAGCUAAACGACAAAAUGAAAGGCUUCUACCGGAGCAAGUACUUUACCCCUUCGGGUGAGGAACGUUUCGCUGGCGUAACACAGUUCGAGGCAACAGACGCGAGACGAUGCUUCCCUUGCUGGGAUGAACCUGCAAUAAAGGCAACUUUUGACAUCACUUUGACGGUGCCGAAGGACCGCGUGGCUCUGUCCAAUAUGCACGUAGUGAGCGAGAGCGAGUCCGAUGGCUUGCGAACGCUCAAAUACGGUAGAUCGCCGAUCAUGUCCACCUAUUUGGUAGCGGUGGUAGUCGGUGAGUUCGAUUACGUAGAAGGAAAAUCGAAAGAUGGUGUACUGGUUCGAGUGUUUACUCCUGUCGGAAAGAACGAACAGGGAAAGUUUGCACUUGACGUGGCAAUCGAAGUGCUUCAUUAUUAUAAUUCGUAUUUCUCGAUUGCCUAUCCCCUGCCAAAGAUGGACUUGGUUGCAAUUUCGGAUUUUUCCGCUGGUGCUAUGGAAAACUGGGGCUUGAUUACAUAUCGCGAGACGUUCGUGUUGGUCGAUACGGAGAAUACAUCACUUAUCAGAAAGCAAUCGAUUGCGUUAACUGUUGCUCACGAAAUUGCUCAUCAGUGGUUCGGAAAUCUGGUAACUAUGGAAUGGUGGACUCAUCUAUGGCUCAAUGAAGGUUACGCCUCGUUUGCGGAGUUCCUAUGCGUUAACAAACUCUUCCCAAACUAUUCCAUCUGGAAUCAGUUCAUCACGGAUAUGUACACCCGUGCCUUAGAGCUGGACUGCCUUAAAAAUUCACACCCAAUCGAGGUGCCCGUGGGGCAUCCGGCUGAAAUCGACGAAAUCUUUGACGAAAUCAGCUACAACAAGGGAGCCAGUGUGAUUCGCAUGCUUUAUCACUACCUGGGGGACGAUGAUUUCCGCAAGGGGAUGAAUCUAUACCUUACGCGCCACAAAUACAAGAACACGUUCACUGAAGAUCUGUGGACAGCUUUCGAAGAAACAAGCAAGAAGCCAGUGGGAAGUAUUAUGUCCACCUGGAUCAAGCAGAUGGGUUUCCCGGUGGUGAAGAUUCUCUCCUCCGAGCAGAAGGAAAAUUCACGAGUGCUUAAAUUGCAACAGGAGAAAUUCUGUGCUGACGGAUGCCAAGCGGAGAAGAAAUCCCACUGGAUGAUCCCAAUAAUAAUUUCCACACCAAGCUCGUCGCAUGCGCACACGUUCAUCAUGGACAAGGAAACUGUAGAAGUCGUUGUGGAAAACGUGGAUCCCAAUCACUGGGUUAAGCUGAAUCCGGCAUCGAUCGGCUACUAUCGAACUCAGUACAAAGCGGAUAUGUUGGACAAAUUCCUCCCGGAGAUCAGCAGCAAUAGCAUGCAGCCGUUGGAUCGACUGGGGUUGUUGGAUGAUCUGUUUGCACUGGUGCAAGCCGGCAGAAGCUCAACCGUUGAUGCGCUGAAAGUUAUGGAUGCAUGCUACAACGAGCCCGACUACACCGUAUGGUCAUCUAUCUCCAAUUUCCUGUCCAAGUUGCAGCUUCUGCUAGCCAACACACCAGUAGAAGAACAGUUCAACCAAUAUGGAACUCGACUGUACCGGACGGUAGCCGACAAGCUAGGCUGGGCGGUGAAACCGGAUGAAAACCAUCUGGACACUCUGCUCCGACCGCUCGUCCUCAGUCGACUAGUAUCUUUCCGUUGUCCGCAAACCGUUGCGGAAGCUAAAGCGAAGUUCGCCGAUCAUGCAUCAGGAAAAUGCGUCCUACCAGCGGAUCUGCGCAGCACCUGCUACAAGGCGGUCCUUCAAAACGGUAAUUUGGCCACCUUCAACGAAAUGCUUCGCCUGUAUCGGGCAACGGACUUGCAUGAAGAAAAGGACCGCAUCUCCCGUGCGCUCGGUUCCAUCAGUAACGUAGACAUUCUACGUAAAGUAAUCGCGUUUGCCAUGUCCGACGAGGUGCGCGCCCAGGAUUCCGUGUUUGUGAUCGUAUCCGUUGCAAUCAAUCCCAAGGGUCGUGACAUGACGUGGAACUAUUUCAAGGAAAACUGGAAAAUUCUGCUGGAUCGAUACGAAGGCGGAUUCCUACUGUCCCGGCUGAUCAAAUAUCUGACGGAAAAUUUCUCCACUGAAGAACGAGCCCUCGAGGUAGAACAGUUCUUCAAGGAGCACGAGUUCCCCGGUACCGAGCGGACCGUUUCGCAAUCGAUCGAGACCAUUCGAUUGAACGUAGCAUGGGUGAAGCGUGAUCUGGAUGGAAUUACCGCUUAUCUCAAACAGUAGAUGCAUUUAAACGAUCACCGUAAAACACUGAACCGAUCAGUAGACUUUUGACGUUGCACGAAAACAUUCAAAAUUAAGUUGCAUGCUUUUUACCUUCCGCUUAUGUUCAGCAUGCAUUCGUUCUAGUUUCUUUCCCGCGAUGAAUGCCAAAGUUUGGCGAAAUAGCAGUGCCAGUAGUGUAAUCCUCAACGUAUUGGAGCAUGCCUAGCGUAGAAUAUGAUGCCUACUUGAAAACAAAAUGUUAUACUUUUUCUGUAAUUUAAGUUGUUUUUAUGCUAAUAUCUAUUAGGAAUGGUAGCAAUGUAUGUUUGUUUAGCUGAACGAAUAGUAUACGAUGGGUACUGUUUGCUCUUUUUCAGAGGAUCAAAAUUUUCGCCACAAUUUAUAGAUAGUGUAGGCACGGUUAUUGAACGAUUGCUAAUUGAAUAAUAAAAAAUUAAAAGGUUAAGAGAA